CUUAUCCCAUUCGCAUUCCACGUUCCUCCCACGCGCCUUCCCUCUUCUUCCUCAAUUUCCAUUUCCUUCUUCGCUCGCUUUGAAUUCUCGUGCAGAAAUGCCUGAAAUCCAGUUGGGUGCGCACACUAUCCGAUCACAUGGAGCUAAGGUGGCAAGAAGACAUUUGCAUGACUGGUUGAUUCUCAUACUUCUAGCGGUGAUUGAUGUCGUUUUGAAUAUGAUAGAUCCGUUUCACCGCUUUGUUGGAGAGUGGAUGUUGACAGACCUGAAAUUCCCAUUGAAAGACAAUACGAUUCCAUUUUGGGCUGUUCCAUUGAUAGCAAUACUGGCGCCACUUAUUGUCAUUCUUGUUUACUACUUUAUUCGCAAGGAUGUUUAUGACUUCCACCAGGCUAUAUUGGGUCUUCUAUAUUCUGUACUCAUUACUGCGGUUGUAACUGAUGCGAUUAAAGAUGGGAUUGGACGGCCACGUCCAGAUUUCUUCUGGCGUUGUUUUCCUGAUGGCAAAGGGGUGUUCGAACCGUUAACAGGAGAUGUUCAAUGUACUGGAAGUCUGAGUGUUAUCAAGGAGGGAUACAAAAGCUUUCCAAGUGGGCAUACCUCUUGGUCCUUUGCUGGUCUUGGCUUUCUUGGUUGGUAUCUAUCUGGAAAAAUCAGGGCAUUUGAUCGUAGGGGUCACAUUGCAAAGCUUUGUAUUGUUUUCCUGCCAAUUCUCCUGGCAGCUCUGGUUGGAGUCUCUCGGGUUGAUGAUUAUUGGCAUCAUUGGCAAGAUGUAUUCUCUGGAGGUCUUUUAGGGAUAACGGUAGCAUCCUUUGGUUACUUACAAUUCUUUCCACCUCCGUAUGACAUAGAUGGAUGGGGACCUCAUGCAUAUUUCCAGAUGUUGGCAGAAUCUCGAAAUGGACUUCAGUCCUUUGCUAUCAACAAUGACAAUCUUUGAGGGCUUAUGUUUAAGAACUUGAUGAGGUUUCAGACUGUAUAUAUCCCACACUGUAGUGAUCGGAAACUCAACAAGCCAGUAUCUGACUCUACAUUCUGAAUUCAGUGAAGAGAAAGAAAAGAUGCUAAAUGUUCAUAAUCUGUAAAGGUCAGGGAAACAAAGAGAAUGGGAGGGGAAAGAAAAUUUUUAAUGAACUUAAUUUAAACAAUUGAA